AUGGAUAAAAAAUCUUCUUUCUCGUGGAGAUCGUUCUUCACAUACUCCGUUGUGGUUACUUUUUCUCUUCUUCUCUUUCUCUAUGCUGGACCGUCGCAGAACCCCGGCCCAAAUCCUCAAGUGAUUGCGGCACGGACAGUUGACCGUGAUCCCGUGGUUCGCAAUCUCACCAAAAGGGCUCUUUCCUAUGAAGACGCUAUUCCAAAGGGAAAUAGACUUCAUUGUCUGAUGGCCAAGAAACAGUCAGAUCCUCCACCAAUAGAGGCUGCAUCAUACUUGCAAACGCAUGGCAUAGAAACAGCAGAGGGAUGGGUAGACGCCACUGAUGCUGGUACACCUUUUUUCGGAACUAAGUUGACCGCAGCUUUGAGAGGGCUUGGGGUCUCCGGGAGUUUGCAGGACAUAAGUUGGGAUCACGAAAAAUCAACCAAGAUAUUGUCUGACCCGGACGACGAAAAUAGUGAGAGGGUCACGUCCGCAGUAGGUGCUCCGUCGGGCGCAUUCUUUUAUAGCUCUUUCUUUCCUAGACGUGGUGUCAUCAUUGCUGAUAACAAUUUUUCCGUCGAUGCUGCCAUAAAAGAGGAUAAGAAUCUCGUCGCAGCUGAGAUUACGACACAUGUUCGUCGAUGGAGUGAUGCAGCAUGGAUGCAAUGGACAAAGGCCUGUGAUGAGGAGGGUAUUGAUGACGUGAGCAACGUUCAAUACAUAUUUAGGGCAACUGUCAUAAACGAAAACAGUCUCUCGAUCAUAUUACAAGCCCUACGUCAAAAAUACAAAGACAGCCCCUCAGUCCCACCCAUUGGACCCUGGAAUAGCCGCCUGACUCUUGACGUUACUCAAAAUCCUGAUGAGUUCUAUGCUGUUCUGGGUAGUCCUAAUGGAUCGGGAGUCGCUUUUCUUCUAAUGACUCACAAAGCAGCACUGGGAAUAAAGACCAUCAAUAAGGUUGAUACAUUUGUUGGCGAUACCAACCCCUAUACAAUCCCAAGUGACGGCAUUGAUGGGGCUGACGCUGCAAGCAUUGUACUUCUAUUCUAUGUCACUGCGCCAUGA